AUGGCUUCAUUUAGAGAUGCUAGAUUAAUGUUACUAGACAGUUACGACGAUGGUUUGAUCGACGAAGAAGAGUUGCUUGUGUUAUAUGAUUUAAAUACAUCGAAAAAUCCUGUCUUUCCAUACGAAAGUUAUGAAAGAUUUGAGUUGACCGACAUGGAUGAAGCCGAGUGUAAAGCAGAAUUUCGUUUCGAGAAAAGCGACUUGCCUCAGCUAGCGGAGGCCCUAAGGAUUCCACAAGAGUUUAAGUGUAAGCAAAGAACUGUUUGCGAUGGGAUGGAGGGAUUGUGCAUGCUUUUGAGAAGAAUGGCCUACCCUUGCCGAUACAGCGAUCUGAUCCCAAGAUUUGGCAGACCAGUCCCCGAAGUAUGCAUGAUUACAACUACAGUGGCAGACUUCGUCUACGAAAACCAUGCUCACAGAAUUACAGAGUUGAAUGAUGCCAUUUUAAACCCAGAAUCUCUUGAGCGCUAUGCAGAAGCCAUCCACUUGAAAGGUGCGGCAUUGAACAAUUGUUUUGGCUUUGUUGAUGGCACUGUGCGACCAAUAUGCCGACCAAACGUCAAUCAAAGACAGGUAUAUAACGAGCACAAAAGAGUCCAUGCAUUAAAAUUUCAAUCGGUUGCGAUUCCAAAUGGUUUGAUUGCUAAUUUGUAUGGUCCUGUAGGUAAGUAAAUAUUUUCACACUUCACCAUGCCAAUUGUAUUACAAAUGUCCAAAAGGUGUGUGUGUGUGUGUGUGUGUGUGUGUGUGUGUGGGGGGGUAUCCUUAGUCUAAUGCUUGUUUGCAGGCACGACCCUUUCUAUCAGUGACACAAUGAUUUAAUCCAUUAGUUGUCAUUAGUGUGUGCACAGGACUCUUGGCAAGAAUGUUGGACAGAGCAAAAAACCUAUGCUAAAGCUAAUCUAUGCCCGACAUAUCUUAUUCAGUGCAACAUUAACCCACUGAGCCACAAUUAGCCCCAAUGGACCCUACUUAUUUUUUUACUUGUCUAACGCCAGACAAUUUUACUAGUCAAUGGGGAGGCUCUGCAGUGCUAGCUUAAUGGGUUAAUGAGUAGUUAAGUCAAUCUCUUUAUUAACCAACAACCAAAUUUGCAGAGGGAAAAAGACAUGAUGCAGCAAUGCUUGUUGAGUCUGGUCUGCUGGAUAGCUUACAACAACAUGCUUUCUCAGGCACAGGCCAACCAUUAUGCAUCUAUGGAGAUCCUGCUUAUCCUCUUCGACUACAUUUGCAAGCACCUUAUAGACAAGCUGUGAUGACACCACAAAUGCAGGAAUUCAAUACUUCUAUGAGUGCAGUGCGAACAUCUGUGGAUUGGCAUUUUGGGAACAUAAUGAAUUACUUCAAGUUUGUGGACUUCAAGAAGAAUUUAAAAAUUGGACUUUCAUCAGUUGGCAAGAUGUAUGUAGUAUGUGCAGUUUUGCGAAAUGCUCUAACUUGUCUUUACCAGAAUCAAACCUCCUACUAUUUUAAUUUAGAGCCACCAACUUUGCAAGAAUAUUUUAGAUAA